AUGGCGUUCGUUGUGAUUGCACUGAGCGCCAGUAUGGCUGUCGUUGUUGUAGGCGCUUUCAUCUUCCAGAUCCUUCCAAGGCUGUUUCCAAAACUUAAGACAUUAUUGCCCUCGCAAGCUACGAUCAGCUACCUGCAGAUUGUGCCCAUAAGCUUUAUUUUUCCAACUCUUAUGUGGCUGUUCUUCUCAAUUUACGUCCACGCUCACGUUCCCGGGGACGCAUUCUCCUCGUUGCUAGGGUGGUGGCACACCUUUUUCACAUGUUACAUGAUGACUAACGCUGUUUUCUAUUACUACAUGACCGUCUUCGUUUGCCCGGGGUAUCCUCAACACCAGGACGCCUACACUCGAGACAGAUGUUUCGUGAAAAGCUACCAAAUUUGUGUCAAGUGUCGACGGGUUCGAAAUGCUGGAACUCAUCACUGCAGCUGGUGUCACACUUGCGUCGAGAUGAUGUGUCACCAUUGUCCUUUCACUAACAACUGCAUCGGCCGCCGGAAUUACAUCUACUAUUACACGUUCUUGGCAUAUGCGUUCUUUGGUUUGUUGUAUGCAAGUUACCUUGCCUACUUUCCGUUUUCGAAUUGUCUCUCUGGAUAUGCUAUGAAGAAAUUCAAAGAGACUCUGCUUAGCAUGCCUCACUUGAGUGUCCUCAAUCGCUACUCACCUCGUUCUCAAUCAGCGAAAUCGAUGUGGGAUACUUUUAACAGUAUGGAAGUUGGCGAAGGCUGUGAAGAAAUUCAGGAUUACGCCGUCUUGUUUGCCCCCACAGUUGCAAUCACCGUAUUCCUUGGAGCAUUAUUUUUCUUCCAGUCGUUCCUUCUCCUCGCAGACAUGUCGAUAGUCGAUUUCUACGACUCUCUCUCCAAGGCCUCUUCAUUUCAAGAGCUUCUUCGAAUUUGGUAUGUCAGCAUUUUCAAGCGAAAGAAGUAUCGUUUUAUGCAGUUGAUCCAGAACAAAAAAAGUCAAUGGUGGAGAUUUUUCGUCCCUUGCCCCACCGAUGUGGAGAAUGACUUACCUCCCAAGGACUUGUAA